UUGUUCUGACAGACUGGUUCUUCCCAUCACACUUCACACAACCAACCACCCUUUUGCCACCUCUCUCUCUCUAUUAGACUGUUCCUUUCUUCUUCCUUCUUUCGUCUUCAUCUCUCUUUGAUUUCAACACUCCUCACAUACACAUACACAUCAACUAUACUCUUCUCUAUAUUUUUAUUCUUUUCAAUUCAGUUUUGAUUUUCUCGAUCACCCAUGGCUGAGGAACCACAGAAACCAGCUGAGGAAGUGGUGGCCGCCGUAGCUCAGCCUGAGACCGAGGCCCAGCCGGACAAACCUGUUCCUGAGACAGAUAAGGAGACACAGGCCGAUAAGGCAGAGGCGGCAGUGCCUGAGGCUGAGAAGAAGGAGGGCGAUGCUGUUGUAGUGACAGAGAAGGCAGUGGAAGGAGAAGCGGCGGAGUCGGAGGCGGAGAAGCCCGUUGAAGGGAAAAAUCAGAUAGCGCAAUCGGUGUCUUUCAAGGAGGAGAGCUACGUGGUUGGCGACCUCCCCGAAGCACAGAAGAAGGCUCUCGAUGACCUCAAGAACCUCAUUCAAGAAGCCCUCAAUAAGCACGAGCUCUCCUCUCCUCCUCCCCCUCCACCGCCAAAAGAAGAAGACAAGAAGAAAGAAGAGGCCGUUGCAGCUGCCGAAGAGAAGAAGGAAGAGGUAGAAGAGAAGAAGGAGGAAGCUGCAGCAGCCGAGGAAGAGAAGAAGGAAGAGGUGGCAGAAGCGGAAGUGAAGAAGGAGACGGUGGAGGUGGUGGAGAAAACAGAGGACGGUGCCAAGACGGUAGAAGCCAUAGGGGAGAGCGUAGUGUCAGUGAAAGUGGAGGAAGAAGGUCCUUCAAGUUCAGCAGUAGCCGUGGAGGAGGACAAGAAGGAAGAAGAGGCAGCUCCUCCUCCGCCGCAAGCUCCAGAGGAAGUGUCGAUAUGGGGAAUCCCACUGCUGGCAGACGAGAGGAGUGACGUCAUCCUGCUCAAGUUCCUGAGAGCGAGGGACUUCAAGGUGAAGGACGCCUUCACGAUGAUCAAGAACACCGUCCGAUGGCGCAAGGAAUUCGGAAUCGAGUCCCUGAUCGAGGAAGAUCUCGGAAGCGAUUGGGACAAGGUGGUGUUCACUCAAGGGGUCGAUAAAGAAGGCCACCCGGUGUGCUACAACGUCUUCGGAGAAUUCGAGAACAAGGAGCUUUACCAGAAGACGUUCUCCGACGAGGAGAAGCGCCAGAAAUUCAUCAGGUGGAGGAUCCAGCUUCUGGAAAAGAGCGUCAGGAAGCUUGACUUCAGUCCGAGAGGGAUCUCCACCAUCGUGCAGGUCAACGAUCUCAAGAACUCACCUGGACUGAGCAAGAGGGAGCUCAGGCAGGCUACUAACCAGGCCCUCCAACUGCUUCAGGAUAACUACCCUGAGUUCGUUGCCAAGCAGGUGUUUAUCAAUGUGCCAUGGUGGUACCUUGCCUUUUCAAGGAUGAUAAGUGCUUUCCUGACCCAGAGGACCAAGAGCAAAUUUGUAUUUGCUGGACCAUCCAAAUCUGCUGAAACCCUUUUCAAGUACAUAGCCCCGGAGCAAGUGCCGGUUCAAUACGGUGGACUAAGCAGAGAGGGUGAGCAAGAAUUCAGUACCGCCGAUCCUGUUACAGAGGUUACAAUCAAACCAGCAACAAAGCACACCGUCGAGUUCUCAUUUGCUGAGAAGAGCCACCUUGUCUGGGAGCUUAGAGUUGUGGGUUGGGAUGUGAGCCACGGGGCUGAAUUUGCGCCCAGCGCCGACGAUGGAUACACGGUGAUAGUACAGAAGAGCAGGAAAAUCGCCCCGGCGGAUGAAACAGUGAUUUGCAACAGCUUCAAAGUGGGUGAACCUGGCAAGGUCGUGCUCACCAUCGAUAACCAAACAUCCAAGAAGAAGAAACUCCUCUACAGGUCCAAGACCACACCCAUCUCUGAAUAGAGAGCUUAAUUUUCGAGGAAAGGUGCUGACCAGAAAAUGCUGCCUAGGUGGGUGUUUAUGCAUUUCAUUUGAUGGAACAAAAUCAGGGUGCAACCUGGGGUCUGGGGGGGAUUAUUCUUUCGUACAGGGUUAUUUUGUUCAUUUGGUUUAUAUAAAUUUUAUAUAUUGUUGUGUCUGGGGUGGCCAAAUUUAUCUAUAGUUAGUUGCUCAUAGUACUGUGAUAUCUAUCACUAUAUAUCUUGUUCAUGGGUUUUGGAAUUGGAUACAACCUGUUAAUGCAUCACCAACUGGAGAGAGGAAACAUAAUACACAAUUGGGGUUGGGGCUUGGGAGGGUUCAUUUGUUAAAGGAAAAAAGUUAGUGUAUGUAUGGACUCUCGGAGACAGAUUGUGUUGCUUUGUGAUACUAUUGUUUCUGUAAAGCUUGUUCAAAUGUGGUGGCACUGGUGCUGUCUGUAUUACUUUAUUAUUCCCGUAAAUAAUCAAAAUUUACUUCAUUGUUUGUUCA